ACGUGGCCAUUGACCCUGUCAAAAUUCUUUGACACCUGUCACACUUGAUAAAAAGUGAGGUUAACUCGUGUCAUUCACAUGUGUUCAAACCCGCCACUGUUUUACCUGUCUUUGAGACAUUAAUUUAGAGACUAAUAGUUACUCCAUGCGCCGCCCCUGGUGCCCCCCAGCAACUCGCUUAACAAAUACUACUAUGUGUAAAUACUCAAAAAUAAGUGAUAACCUUGCCGACAUCUCUUAUCAUUCCUUAAGUUAAGUUAACAUCGCGUGGUCCAACUAACCAGUAGUGAUUCUCCCGUAAUCAUGGUGGUCGAAGCGUCCAUCUCGCGUUUUUACCAAAAACCCGGUUGUACAACCGCGAAAAAAGCCGAACUCCUUUUGAAACUCCAGCAAAAAAAUGAAAAACUGGCCGAUUUGGAAACCGAGCUUUGCUACCACGUUGAAACAACAGCCCCGUUGUCGCCCAAUGACAAGACCUUGAUCAAAUGGCUGUUGCGGGACCCCUUCCAGCCCGGCAACCUCUCCGAAACCACUCACUUAUCGGAAGGGGGCUCAAGUGUGAUUGUGGAAGUGGGGCCCCGCUUCAAUUUCUCCACUUCGAAUUCGACCAAUGCCGUUUCCAUUUCGCGGAAUUUGGGGCUGUCGCACGUCGUGCGUAUGGAAGUCUCGAGACGGUAUAAGCUUGUCUUCCAUGGGGCUGUGUCCAAGGUUGAUGAAAUUGCGUCAGCUUUGUACGAUCGCAUGACUGAAUGUCGGUACACGCCGGAGAAUAUUCCCAAGAAGAGUUUUAACGAGAAGUUGGUCAAGAAGGAAGAUAUUAGGGAGAUUGAUGUGAUGAAGAAGGGCGAAGUCGCCGUUAAAGAAAUAAACGAUGAGCUGGGUUUAGCGUUCGACGAUGCUGAUUUUAAAUAUUAUACGAAUUUGUUUAAAAAUGUGCUGAAACGGAAUCCGACCAAUGUUGAGUUGUUUGAUUUGGCGCAAUCGAACAGUGAGCACAGUCGGCAUUGGUUUUUUAAGGGGAAAAUGGUUAUUGAUGGAGUGGAACAUAAGGAAUCUCUCAUUGACAUGAUUGUCGAUACACAGAAUCACACCAACCCGAAUAAUGUCAUCAAGUUCAGCGACAAUAGCAGUGCCAUGAAAGGCUACGUCCAUCGCAGCCUUCGCCCCGUCACCUCAGGCACUACCAGCGAACUCCGCGAAACUAACGCCGAAUCUCACUUAAUUUUCACCGCCGAAACGCACAAUUUCCCCACCGGUGUGGCCCCAUUCAGUGGCGCCACCACUGGAACCGGUGGCCGAAUCCGCGAUGUUCAAAGUGUUGGACGUGGCGGUUAUUGUAUUGCCGGUACAGCCGGUUACUCAGUCGGUAACCUCAACAUUCCCGGUUAUAACCUACCGUGGGAAGACUCCAAGUUUGAAUAUCCGAAUAAUUUUGCGCCACCACUUGAAAUUCUAGUCGAGGCUAGUAAUGGGGCUUCCGAUUACGGAAAUAAAUUUGGGGAACCGUUGAUUUGCGGUUUCGUGCGAUCGUUCGGAAUGGUGGAUGCAGCAGGAGAGAGGAAAGAAUGGAUUAAACCGAUCAUGUUUAGUGGAGGGAUCGGGACGAUGGAAGCCAACAUGACGGAGAAAUUUCCCCCGAAAAAGGGGCACCAAAUUAUUAAGAUUGGAGGACCGGUUUAUAGGAUUGGCGUAGGGGGAGGGUCGGCUAGUUCAGUGGAGGUCCAAGGGGAUAAUAAGGCCGAGCUUGACUUCAACGCAGUACAGCGAGGUGACGCCGAAAUGGAACAGAAACUGAACCGAGUGGUGCGUGCGUGUCUCGAAUUGGGCAAAGACAACCCCAUUGUGAGUAUCCACGAUCAAGGCGCUGGUGGAAAUGGAAACGUCCUUAAAGAAUUAGUUGAACCAGUCGGUGGUAUAAUCUAUGCCAACAAAUUCGAACUGGGUGACCCCACAAUCAACGUCCUUGAACUAUGGGGCGCCGAAUACCAAGAAAACAACGCCCUCUUGUGCGAAAAAGAAAAUUUAGAACUGUUGAAAAACAUCUGCAAACGCGAACGUUGUCCAAUCAACAUUGUUGGCGAAGUGACCGGAACUGGACGAGUAGUCCUGGCCAUGGACGAAUCACAGAAAGUCGUUCCAUUUAAUUUAGAACUGACGCACGUAUUAGGGAAAAUGCCACAGAAGGUGUUCAAACUUGAACGCAAAACGCCCCUCCUUAAAGAACUGACACUUCCCGACGCCCUCUCGAUUUACAGCACUUUGGAGCGCGUCCUGCGUUUGCCCUCAGUUUCCAGCAAACGCUACCUCACCAAUAAAGUUGACCGUUGUGUUACCGGUCUCAUAGCGCAACAACAAUGCGUAGGCCCCCUUCACACACCCCUUGCCGAUGUUGCCGUUACGGCAAUUUCUCAUUUCGGUUACGAGGGCAUAGCGUCAUCAAUCGGCGAACAACCAAUCAAAGGACUUGUCAAUACUGCAGCCGGUGCUCGUAUGACAGUCGCCGAAGCCCUCUCGAAUCUCGUUUUUGCACUUAUAAGUGACAUUCGUGAUGUCAAAUGCAGUGGUAACUGGAUGUGGGCGGCGAAAUUGCCAGGUGAAGGCGCCGCCCUCUACGAUGCUUGCAAGGCCAUGUGCGAUAUCAUGUCAGGCCUUGGAAUUGCCAUAGAUGGCGGUAAAGACUCUCUAAGUAUGGCGGCGAGAGUUGGUAGAGACACUGUUAAGGCACCCGGAACUUUGGUCGUUUCGACUUAUGCUCCGUGUCCGGAUGUCCGGAAAGUAGUAACUCCGGAUUUGAAAGCACCUGCCACCGGAAAAGUGGGGCAUUUGUUGUUCGUUGAUUUAUCGCAUGGGUACAAUAGGCUAGGUGGCACUGCAGUCGCACAAGUGUUUGGACAAUUGGGCAAGGAAAGUCCAGAUGUGCAUAAUGUAGAAGAGUUGAAAAAUGCAUUUAUCGCAACGCAGAAAUUGAUAAGAGAUGGCGCUAUUCAGGCAGGACAUGACGUCAGCGACGGUGGCUUGAUUGUGUGCUUGUUGGAAAUGUGUUUCGCUGGAAUUUGCGGAAUGGAAGUCCAAAUCGGGCACAAGCAAGGGAAGACAAUCCCGAUUUUGUUCAAUGAGGAAGUUGGCUGGGUUUUGGAGGUGUUGGAGGCUGAUUUGAAUCAUUGCAUGGAUGUUUUCCAGAAACAUAAAGUCCCGGUUUACAAAAUCGGCAAAAGCAUCGGUUGCGGAGUGGAUUCGAAAAUCACAAUUUCAGUCAACAACGCAUGUAUCGAAAGCACAGUCUUGCCACUCAUGCGUAUGUGGGAGGAAACCAGCUACAGACUGGAGCUCCAACAAACGAUCAAAUCAUGUGCCGACUCUGAAUACAACUCGCUAACAUCACGAAAACACCCUGAAUACAGACUAACUUUCGAUCCGGACGCAAAAUCCGAAAUCAAAAAACCGGCAGUUGUGAAAGUUGCCGUCUUAAGAGAGGAGGGAACAAAUGGCGACCGGGAGAUGGCAGCAGCUUUAGUGCGAGCUGGAUUCAAAGUUUGGGACGUAACCAUGCAAGAUUUACUCAGUGGAAAGGUGAAUUUGGGUGAAUUCCGCGGUAUUAUAUUCCCUGGAGGGUUCAGUUAUGCCGAUGUUUUGGGCUCGGCUAAAGGCUGGGCUGGAAGUAUCCUCUUCAAUAAAACCGUCAAGGAACAGUUUGACAAGUUUUACGCCCGCCCUGACACCUUCAGUCUUGGUGUUUGCAACGGUUGCCAACUUAUGGCAAUGAUCGGGUGGGUUGGCGAACUCAGUGCUGACAACUCUCCGAACAUUGUGCUCGAACACAACAUUUCCGAACGGUUCGAAUGCCGUUGGAAUACAAUCCGAAUUGAAAAAUCCCCAGCCAUUAUGUUGAAAGACAUGCACGAUUCAGUCUUUGGUGUGUGGUCAGCACACGGUGAAGGCCGUUUUACGUUCAAAAAUUCGUCGAUUUAUGACGAUUUGGUUAAAAAUAACUGCGUCGGUUUGAGAUUCACCGACGACGAGGGGAAUCCCACUGAAACCUACCCAAUGAACCCUAACGGCAGCAUUGCCGGUACUGCAGGAAUCUGCUCAAAGGAUGGUCGCCACUUGGCUAUGAUGCCGCAUCCGGAACGUUGCGACCAACCGUAUUUGUGGCCAUACAUGCCCCCAAGUUGGCAACACUUCCAGAAAAGCCCCUGGGAGAAAAUGUUCCGAAACGCCUAUGAAUGGUGCUGUAGUUAAUUAGUAAUUAUCCUGUCUAUACCUAAAUAUACAUUUUCUGAAAA